AUGCUCCCUGGAGGAGGAGGAGGAGCCGAGGCCCAGGACUGGCAUUUGGACAUGCAGCUGACCGGCAAGGUGGUGCUGUCCGCCGCCGCCCUGCUCCUGCUGACUGCAGCCUACAGGCUGUACAAGUCGAGGCCUGCCCGGGCCCCGCUGUGGGACAGGAACACCAAGGCCAAGGCUGAGGAGGAGGCAGAAGGCUCCAGACAGCCUGAAGUCCAGGAGGCUGCUGCUGGGGCGCCCCGCCGGGGGCUGAGGCGCCGGAAGGGGAGCAAGGAGCCGGGAGCACCAUUGUCGGGCUACAGCCGGGACAGUCGGAGGGGCUCCCAAGUCCUGGCAACAGCAGCCUCUUCCAGUGACUCGGAAGCCGAAGGGGCUUGGGAGCCAGGGAGGAAAGGCGCUGGUGAGGAUCUGAGCAGGCGGUGCCUGGAGUCUGGCCUGGCACCUCCCCGCUGCAGUGGCCAGGGAGCCGGAACGGCUGCCGGCAGUGAGUCCGAGCUGCCCCGCCGCCCCCAGCAGGGCAGUGAACCCAGAAGCUCCCCGUCUGGCCUGGCUGCAGUGGACGGCAGCGGUGUGGAGGGUGAGCCUGCCCCAUGGUGGGAAGGUAGACAUCCCAAGCAGCCGGGGGCUGGGGCACAGGGGUCCCCACACCAGCCCUGGACGGCCCACUCAGAAGACGAGAAUGACAUGAAUAAGAGCUGGGUCUUCACUCGUGGGACAGGAGCGAGUGGGGAAGAGGCCGGGGCCCUGCAGGCUGCCUCGGACGUGGGCCUGGCUCUGCAGCAGCAGGAGGGGGCCACCAACUCCUCCUACACCUUCUCGUCGGUGGCCCGGGUUCGAGUCGAGGAGAACUUCAUAAGGGAGAAGGCGGCAGGGACGGGGCCCAGGCUGCAGGGCAAGGUGUACGAGUACUACGUGCAAUCUACCUCUCAGGCCACCUCCAGAGGCGGGCUGGCCCCUGGGACAGCAGCCCUGGCUGAGGCUCCACCUGCUGUGCCAGGCCCCCUGGGAACAGGGGCCAUCCCCAGAGGCCACCAGGAUGACAGAGAAGGUGGAGCCAAUCCAGGCGCCUCCUCCCAGCCUGUGCUGUCGCCCCCUGUGCAAGGCUUCAGCAGGAAGGAGAGCCUCCUUCAGAUCGUGGAGAACCCGGAGCUUCAACUGCAGCUCAACGGCUUUGGGAGCCCUGCUCCAUCCUUCCCCGACCGGAGUGCCCCGCCCAGUGGCCCCGCAGCAGCCGGGCGGUCUCCGGAGUCCAGCUCAGCCGGAAGCAGCAGCGGGGAGCCCAACCUACAGCUGGUGGCAGGGACCAAUUUCUUCCACUUCCCUCUCACCCCAGGUUCAGCCCCAGAGGUCCACCUGGAUCUGGGGAAUUGCUACGAGGUGCUGACCUUGGCCAAGCGGCAGAAGCUGGAGGCUUUGAAGGAGGCUGCCUACAAAGUGAUGAGUGACAACUACCUCCAGGUCCUGCGCAGCCCAGACAUCUAUGGGCGCCUGAGCGGGGCGGAGAGGGAGCUGGUCCUUCGGCGACGGCUGCAGGGCCGCAAGCGCCUGGUGGUGGCCGACGUGUGCCCCCAGGAAGACUCUGGCCGCCUCUGUUGCUAUGACGAUGAGCAGGAUGUCUGGCACCCCCUGACCCAUCUGCCCCCAGAGGCUGUGUCCCGAGGCUGUGCCAUCUGCAGCCUCUUCAACUACGUCUUCGUGGUGUCUGGUUGCCAGGGGGCCGGGGGCCGGCCCUCCAACCGAGUCUUCUGCUACAACCCUCUGACCGAGAUCUGGAGCGAGGUGUGCCCGCUGAACCAGGCCCGGCCACACUGCCAGCUGGUGGCCCUGGACGGGCACCUGUACGCCAUCGGGGGCGAGUGUCUGAACACGGUCGAGCGCUACGACCCGCGCCUGGACCGCUGGACCUUUGCCCCGCCACUCCCCAACGACACCUUCGCCCUGGCGCACACGGCCACGGCGUGUGCCGGGGACAUCUUCGUCACGGGCGGCACGCUGCGCUACCUGCUGCUCCGCUUCUCCACGCAGGAGCAGCGCUGGCAGGUGGGCCCCGCGGCGGGCGGCAAGGACCGCACGGCCGAGAUGGUGGCGGUCAGCGGCUUCCUCUACCGCUUCGACCUCAACCGCAGCCUGGGCAUCGGCGUGUACCGCUGCAGCGCCAGCGCCCGCCUCUGGUACGAGUGCGCCACGUACCUGACGCCCUACCCCGACGCCUUCCAGUGCGCCGUGGUGGACAACCUCAUCUACUGCGUGGGGCGCCGGCGCACUCUCCUCUUCCUGGCUGACCACGUCUCACCCAGGUUUGUGCCCAAGGAGCUGCGGAGCUUCCCCUCCCCGCAGGGCACCCUCCUGCCCACCGUCCUGGCCUUGCCCGGCCCCCACGUGCCUCAGACCAGGGUCUAGCCGCCUUCUGCUGGGCAGCCCCUGCCCGCGGCUCCAGGGCCAUUUCUGGGAGAUCAGGCGGCCAGGAAUUGAGCCCCAGAAGGUGAAUCCUAGUCCUGCCUCCUUCACUGGCUGGGGCUCUGAGAUGCGUCCCUGCUGCCAGUGGGCUGCAGGGGGCAAGCGGGAAAACAGAACUCAGGACUGGAGUUCCAAGGCCAAGGGCAGCCGCUUCUGCAGGGCUGGCUUCAAGUCUGAAUUCUGGGGGGCUCCAGGACCCCAGCAAACUUCAGGGACACAACCUUAUGACCACUGUGAUUCAGGUGCCAGUUUACUGUCAUGACCCCUCAAGCUGACCCCACUGGAGAUGGGCCCCUUCCUAAACAUCGGCCCUAAGCCUCCACGGCCGAGGUUCCCAGAAGCACUUGGGACACAGAGGGAAACAGUCAAGGGAGGUGGUUCAGGCAGGAGCCCGGGGCCGCCCCAGGGGCCCAGCCAGAGGGACAGAAGGUGGGAGAAGUCACAUAGCUGAAGCUGGAGGGCGUUCUUUUCCUUUUCUUUUUCUUUUCUUUUCUUUUCUUUUCUUUUCUUUUCUUUUCUUUUUUCUUUUCUCUUUCCUUCCUUCCUUCCUUCUUUCCUUCCUUCCUUCCUUCCUUCCUUCCUUCCUUCCUUCCUUCCUUCCUUCCUUCUUUUCUUUCUUCAGAGUAAAUUAACCAAAGCCCACUUCAGUUCUCCUCAUUACCUGGAAUGCUAGCAUGAGAAACCUCCAUUUCUAGCAGCCAUUUGACAAGGUACAUCUUCUCAUAGGGGACUGUUAGGGAUAUCGUCACUCCUGGGGGAGGCAGGAGAAGGUGGUCCAAGGGCCGCUGUCCCCCUGGGGCCCACUGACCCUCUCUCCCUGUCUCAGAGCUCUUCAUGGCACAGCUCCCCCAGGACCCCAGCCUCACACCCCAGGGGUGGGGAACAUCCUCCGCCGACCAGGCGACCCUUUCGGGCUGGUGAGAGCCAACGGCGUGGUCUGUCAUUCCUGCGCUGUGUUGCCCCCUGGUCAGCACCAGACAGGAGAGGACCAGGGAGGGGCGGGCCCAGGGUGGAGCUGGGGGACUAAAGGUGACGCAUCAGGAGGCUGGGUUCUCCUUUGCCAUCAGGUUUGGGAACUUCUCCAAGGGAGGAGACCUCCAAACCCAGAAAUUCCCCAUUGCCCUGGAGGGAAGAAAGAGAGAUUGGCCCCAUCUCUAACCAUGGCCCUGCUCCAUCCCUAAGGGAGGGGCUCACACACACAGAGGAACAGUCCAGCUCUUGGCCACGGCCAGGAGCCAGGGGGCAGACACUCCUCCUAUGUGACAAGCAGCACGGAGGAAAGACGCAGAGAUGGGGUGCACCACACCAGGGCGGACAGUCAGAGAUAAGAACGCUAUGGACUUCGGCAUCCCUCUCUUGGAAAUGGGAAGGACAACUCAUGCCCUUCUUUGUGGGGACACAAAUGAGAGCAUCCUGAGAAAGUUCUUCCCAAGUUCCUGGGGGUCCAGGCAGGAGCCGGUGCUCCCCGCAGCUGCUUGGGCUGAGCCAGGGUCGGUCUGAAAGAUGCAGGAUGGGAACGGAGACCGAGAAGGAAAUCGGCCAGGACACAGGGCUCUCCGUGGGCCACAGGGGGCCUGGGGCCCGAGAGGUGAAGCUGCUUAGUUUAUUCCUAAACUGGAGGUUGAGAGAGGAAAGUAGCUAAGACUGGUGCCUGGGAAGAGUGGCCCCUUCACCAAGGCUAUGCUCAAGGUCAGAGUCAACACUCAGGCAUGAACCACCCAGGGACCCCGGAGACUGGGGGCUGCCGCAGUGACAUGACUAGGAGGUGGCAUCGGCACGGUGGCGCCAGGCUGGGGUUUGCUUGGGACGAGAACCCCAUGUGGGAGCUGGGGCAAGUGGAGCCAGAUCCAGCCCCAGGGUCAGGUUCAGGGGCAGAGGCAGGGGCAGGUGAGGAGUCCGGUGGAGGACAAGCCCACUGCGUACUUACGGUAGGACAAGGGAAAUGGUUCCAGGGACCAGGAGGCAAAGCUCCAGACGCAGUGAGGGCAGCUGUGGUCUCCACGACCACAGGGAGAGCUGGCUUUGGGCCCGGGCUGAGCUGGGAAGGCGUGACACGCUGUCUCUGCCUCCCUGUGGUCCCCCGGCAGACGGCACUAACCGAUUGUCACCCCUUUUCCUGUUGAGCCUUUCUUUCUAAGGGCCUCAGACGGGUCUCAGCACAGAGCCCCAGCCCUCGUUGCCCAUUAGAGCUGGUGCGUGUCUCAUCUCUGGUGCUGGGUGAGGGACGAGCGUGGUCGGGGCCGCUGUGGCAGAGCAGGUGGUCCAGGGACCAUGACCGCCACCCAGAGCCCUGGAGGUCAGGGCACGCUGACAGAAAGCUGCAGCCGGGCACCCUGCCUGGUGCUGGAGGCGCUGCAGUGCCCUGCGGGGAGCCCUGCCCUGCAGGCGCGGGUUCUAAUGGAGGAAAACAGGCAGUUUUGAAGAAAUUAGUACAGUACCUAAGUAAAUAGGACCCGUGCUGCGUCAGGGCCGUGGAGACAGAGAAGACAACCCAGUGGGAGAGGGUGAGCAGGCCUUCCCGAUAAGAUGACACCGAGCAGGGACCUGAAUGGGACUCUGGGGAACUGCACAGACCAGGGCCGGCUCAGGGCACGGGAAGCCCGGCUGUGCCACCCGAAGGCCCUUGUCACAAGGGCGGCAGAGUGGAGGUCUGCCCCCAGGAGCCCCAGCUCGGGGUGUGAAGGGGGCAGGAGCCCAGCUGUUCUGCCUGUGAGGUCCGGGAGAGAAUCCUGUCCCACCGACAUCUGUAAAAGAGGGUCCUCGCCUGGGGACACACGACGUUCCCGGGAGAGAAGCAGCGUUUGCACAAGUUGGGGCGAAAGCCAGAGCAACGACCAGGACAACCGCACAGACGCCACACCUGGACGUGUGGGUGCGUGCCAGCCGGCCCACGUGACCCCAUGGGUUCCGGGACUAGGACUUCCACUUGACCUUGUUUUUCAGCCUCGUCUGCCUACCUGGAGCCCUCAGCCUCAGAGUGGCCUCUACGACAAAUAAAGCUUCCCCCUGGGUCCUCGGGCCUGCUUGCCCCGUAAGAGGUCUUUCUUCUACAGGGAAAAAAAAAAUACCCUGUGUCUGGUUUGCUUUCUGCGUGAGACUAACCAUGCCGUUACCAAAAAAAGAAAAACUGGAAAAUACAGAAAAAGAAAAAAAAUCUCCCCAAUUAACCCCCGCCGUGGUGUGCGUCCCUCCGGUCUGGGCUUGACUUUCGCCUGGGUGUGAUUGUGCUGAGUAUACAACUCAGUCUCUUCCUUUUUUCCACUUAGCUUUUGGAAAUAAGCAUUUCCCCGUGUUAUUACAAGCCCUCGGUAAACAACAUUUCAAUAGUUGCACAAUAUUCCAUCCAGCGGCUGUGCCAUGGUUUAUUUAACAUUCCCCCCUCCUGGUGGGUCUGUAGAUUUGUUUUUUUCUGUCACAAAUAAAACGUCCCUUGUUUUCUUA